AUGAUGAAAAUAUUUAUCAAUAAUGUAAACACAUACAGCGGUAGCUGCCUUUGUAAAACAUUUGAUGAAAUUAAAAAUGAAAAAACCGAAAUAUAUGGAACUGUAGACGAUCAAGAAUUAUCUAAUGAUGACUUCAUAAUGUAUAAUUAUGAUAAUGUAAAAAAAAUAAUAUCGAAAAUACCUAAAGAUAAUAUCGUCAAAUAUAUUUUGAAAUGUAAACUCGUCAUAUAUGAUCUACACAAUACAGAUUUAGAAGAAAUAGAAUAUGUCAUUAGAAAGCUUAAAUAUGAAAAAAUAAAAAAUAAUAUGACUAUCAUUCUUAUCUCUUCUAUUAUGACCUGGAAUAAAACGAAAAGAAAAUUCAUAAAAAAAAUUGUAGAAGAAAACAAAGAAAUAACAAAAAAUCAAUAUGAUAAUAUUGGAGAUAAAUCAGGAAAAACAAAUAAUAAUUUAGAAAAGAAAGAUAAUCAAAAUAUUGAAAAAAAUAAUGAAAAAACAAGUAAAAAAAAAGAUAACAAACAGAAUGAAAAUUAUAAUAAAAAUAAUAAAAUUCUAGAUCAUGGUGUAUCUAAUAAACAUGGAAAUAUUAUAAAAAAUCAAGAUAUUAAAUCAGAUCUUCAACAAAAUCUUAAUGAAAAAAUUAACAAAAAAGAAAAAAUUUUAUAUAUUCCUCAAAUAUUCAAUGAAAAAGAUUAUUUAAAAAGAAUAUCAUCUGCUCAUUUUGAUGAAUAUAAAAGUGUCGAAACUCUUAUAUUAUCACUUAAUUCUAUGAAAAAUAUAAAAACACAUGUUGUAGUAUCAGGAUUACUAUAUGGUAAUGGAGAAAGCGUUUUUUUCUCUAUUUUCAAAAAUGCUUGGUUAAGUAAAGACAAUCAUAUUAUUGACAAGGGAAAUAAUUAUAUUCCUGUCAUCCACAUUAGAGGUUUAUGUGAAUAUAUAAAACAAUUGUAUAUUAGUGCAUCCAAAAAAAAAUAUCUCAUAGCUGUUGAUAAUCAAUAUAUUACUCAAAAAGAGCUUAUUCAUACUAUAGCUAGCCAUUUAUCAGGGAACAUGAAUUUUAUGCAUGUGUCACCUCACGAAUCCAUUUUUUAUGAGCAUUCAGAGAAGUUAUGUGUUAAUCUAAGAUUUCAGUGUACUAACAUAUAUGACGAUAAGGAAGGGGAGGAACAUGAAAAAAAGAAAAAGUCAAAUAAGAUCAAUAAAAAUAAAAAAAAAAAUGAAGAGGAAGAUAUAAGUGAUAAUGAUGAGGAAGAUAUAAGUGAUAAUGAUGAGGAAGAUAUAAGUGAUAAUGAUGAGGAAGAUAUAAGUGAUAAUGAUGAGGAAGAUAUAAGUGAUAAUGAUGAGGAAGAUAUAAGUGAUAAUGAUGAGGGAGAUAUAAGUGAUAAUGAUGAGGGAGAUAUAAAUGAUAAUGAUAAGGAAGAUAAUCAUAGCGAUACAGAUAAUAGUGUUUCAGACAAGACAGAAGGCAAUACCGACGAUGACAAUAUUGACAGUGAACAAAGUAGUAAUAUUAAUAUGAAUGAUAGCAAUGAUGAUAGCAAAAAUGGUAGUAUUAUUGAUAAUGACAAUAAUGAUGAUAGCGAUUCAUAUAAUAGUACUAUGAAAAAAAAAGAUAAAAAGAAAAAAAAUAAUCUCAAAGAAACCAAAAAUAAAAAUAAAAAUAAAAAUAAAACGAAAAAUAUUAUUACAUUUCAUUGUCAAGACGGAUUUAUUAAUAAUAUCGCCAUUAUAGCAAAAGAAUUUUGUGAAUUUCGAAAUUUGAAAAAUUUAAAAGUCCUUAUUAUAGGGCAACCAGGUGUCGGAAAAACAUUUAUAGCUAAAAAAAUAUGUGAUCAUUAUAAUUUAAUAAUGUGUUCUAUUAAUAUGUUAAUAAAUGAAUAUAAAAACAGAACAGAUUAUACAUUUCCAAAAUAUUAUCAAGAAUAUAUAAAUGAAUUAGAUAAUGAAAAAAAGAAAAAUAUACCCCCAAAAAAGUUAACUUUAUCAGAUCUUUCUUCAUUAUUUUAUUCAAAACUGGAAAAUAACGAGUGUAAGUUUAGGGGAUUUGUUUUGGACUUUUUCCCAAGGAAUUAUGAGGAAGCUAAAUUUUUUUUCGAAAACUACAAAAGGGAGGUGCCUGAAAAGGACAAAGAGAUGAGAAAUGGUAAAAGGGAUGAAGAAGACAAGAAUAUAAAAGGAAAUAAUAAAAGUAAAAAAAAGGUAAAGAAAAAGAAGAAUGAGGGGAAUGAUAAGGAGGAAGAUGAUGAAGAUAUGGAAGAAGAUGAUGAUAAAGAUCAAGAUGAAGAUGAUAAGGAAGAAGAUGAUGAUAAAGAUCAAGAUGAUGAUGAUAAAGAAGAAGAUGAUGAUGAUAAGGGAGAAGAUGAUGAUAAAGAUCAAGAUGAUGAUGAUAGCGAAGAAGGUAAUAAUAAUGAUAAUAGUGAUUAUAAUGAAGAUAAUGAUGAUGAAAAAAUCUCAGAAAAUUCAGAAAAGACAAAUACGAUCACACAUAGUGAUGAAGAAUCACAAAGUGUUAAACAAACAUCAAAUAAAAAAAAGAAGAAAAAGAAAAAAAAAAAAAAAAUUAUAGAAAAUAUAAAUAAAUAUAUUAUUAUGCCCGAAUUUGUUAUUAUAUUAAAAUCUACAGAAGAAUUAUGUAAAAAGAGAAUGAUGAAUUUACCUGAAAAUGAAAUAAUAAAAGGACAUAAUGAUGAAAUAGGUUUUGAAAGAAGACAUAAAAAAUAUAUUAACGAAAAUUGUAGAAAUGACUAUUUUGAAUUUGAUCAGAAACAAAGUAUUGAAGAUUAUUUUAUAGAAAAUGAUAUUGAAGUAUAUACACUUAAUAUAAAUGAAAAUACUUUAUUAGAACAUAUAUUAACUAAUAUUUAUAUAUUUAUUGAAAAAAAUGUCAAAUUUAAUAAUUUCUUACCAUCCACAGAUGAAAUGUUAAAAAACAAAUUACAGGAAGAACAACAAAUAUUAAUGGAUGAAAAACAAAAAAUUAAAGAUAUAGAAGAUAAGGUAGUACUAGAAGAAAUUAAACAAAAUGAUGAUCUAAUAAAAGCUGAAAAAAAAAGACAACAAUUAUUAAUUAAACAUCAACAACAAUAUAUUCAUAAUCAAUCUGUACCUUUAAGAUUUUAUUUAAUCAAAAAUAUUUUACCAAUACUAACAGAUGCUUUAAUAUAUAUAUGUAAAACUAAACCAAAAAAUCCGUGUUUGCAUAUAGCGCAGUAUUUAUUAGAAAAUGCUCAUAAGUAUAAUAUCGAGGAGCCUAAUCUGGAAAACCUGCAGCCUGAAAAGAAUGACGAGGAUAAUCAGAUAAAUGAAAAACCAAAGGAUCAAAAUUGA